GACUCGAGACGUUCCCUAUCCGAGAGUGAGCCAUUGCUGGCUGAAUCCGAAAAUGGGAAAACAAUGGAUCGAGUCUCUGUAGGCAUGCUGAUGUCAACCAUGGUGUUGUUCAUGCUAGGCAUGGUUGGGGCAGAAAAUGUGCUCCAGCUGUAUGUGCUGAAGCCCCCCCUGAGCUGGGACUCAAUUUGGGCCGGAUAUGGCAGAGCCGCCACCAGCACCAUGUACCUGAGUAGUUUCAUAGGGGUCCUGGGUCUAUUCAAAGUGUUGGGAGACACAGCCCUCACUCUACUGGGUAUUGUGUCCAACUGUACUGGGAUGGCAAUCAUGGCAUUCACUGUAGAAAGCUGGGUCUACUUCCUGGCUAGAGGGAUCAUGAUGUUUGCCUGCGUUCCCAUGCCAACACUGCGAGCCAUGCUGUCCAAGAAUCUGCAUCCUCAGCAAUAUGGGCGAGUCUUUGGGCUGCUCCAGCUGGUUCUAGCUGUGACUGAUCUCUUGUCCAAUGUCUUUUUCACCUCCAUUUACCCACUAACUCUCGGCUGGUUCAGUGGCUUCUGCUUCCUUCUCUCCUGUGCUAUUAGUUACAUCAGUGCUAUCCCGAUCAUUUAUCGAAGUGGCAGAGACUUGAGACUUGGAUCCAUUUGAGAUGUUGAACACUUACAUGAAAAUGUGUCUGUUCUUAUUUUGAUUCAGUACUACGAAGCCCCUAAUGUGAUGACAAAAAUAGGAUAAACAAUUAUAUUUCAACGCUUUUGUGUUUGCUUUGCUCGCAAAACUUUUGCAUUGCCUGAGAAUAUUUGCAUUUGCUCACAAAAUCUUUCAGUUCUCUCGCUAAAGUACCGCAUUCCCAGAGAAAUUCUGUGUUUGCGCACAAAACUUUUGCAUUCACUCAACAACGUUUUGCAUUACCCAAGAAACUUUGCAUUUGCUCACAAGACCUUUCCGUACUCUCACAAAAAUAUUGCAUGCUCACAGAAAAUUUCAAUGCUUUUGCAUUUGCUUGCAAAACUUUUUUUCUCCCACCUUAUGUUAUUUCCAUAACUAGUUUUGCAUUUGCGCACAAAAAUUUUGCAAGCGAAUAGAAAACUUUUGCAACUGAAUCAGGAACUUUAGCAAACGAACGCAAAGAUUUUGCAAGCAAAAGCAGUUUCUCAGGGUAAUGUAAAAGCAUGGACAUUUUUUUUUUCUCCCAUGACUAAUGUCCUUGUAAGGGCUCUGUACAUUUCUCUCAGAUAUAAUCACAUAACAUCAUAUCUAAUGUCUGAUUUCCACUAAUGUAUAAAAUAAAAUUUGAUUGCAAUAAGUGCAAUAUAUAAUAUAAUGUCAAAGAAUUGGAUAACUAAAAUAAGUAUGAUACAAAAGUCUGUCCAGCUUUCUUGCAGGACACAUAGUUUGGUAAGAUAAGUAUUGUUUAUGGUGAAAAUAGUUUUAGGUCUUACUAUGAAAUACUAUUAGGACUGACACAUGAAGUGUCUAUCAUGUAAACUGUUUUUUAUGUUGGAGAGCAGCAUUGCAUAUGGUUUUCUAUUGUUACAGUAAAUAUGUGUUCCUUUUAUGUGUUAUUCUCAA